UAUUAUGAUUGUUUAAUUAUUUUAUUAAAUAUAAAUAUGUCAGUGAAUAAUCUGUGUCGCCUUUGUGCACUAAAAUUUCCCUCAGCAUCACUUAAAACUUUACAAGAAUUAAAAAGUGAACAAUUCGAUGCACUUAUCUUACAAUAUCUACAAAUUCAAAUAACGGAGAAUGAUGGCUAUCCAAAUACGGCUUGUAAAUUAUGCUGCAAAACUUUAUACGAUUUUGAUCAAUUUCUUGUCAAAGUUAAAGUGGCUCAACACAAAUUACGCUCAACUUUUGGUACUAAUUCAUCAAUUACGGAUAUAAAAGAAGAAACUCAAACAGAAACCUCAAGUUUAUUUCUUCAAGAGUUUCAAGAAAAAAAUGUUAAAGUUGAGACUAGCGAUUAUGAGAAUAAUUAUGACUCGAUGGAUAUGGAUCACUUUUUAAAUGACUAUACAUUAAAUUUAGAUGAGAAGUCUGAAACUAAAUCGGAUUCAGAAGAAGAUGAAAAAGAAGCAAAAUUGAAAGCGGAAAAUGAAAAAAAUGAAAAACUAAUAAAUAAAAUUAAUCAUUGGAAAUGCUAUAAAUGUAAUAUUCGUGUACAAAAUGCUGAAUGUUUAGAAAAACAUUUUAAACGUGUCCAUGAAACUGAUGUUGAAUACGUGUGCACUGAAUGUAAUGCACUUUUUAAUAAAUUAACAGAAUUUGGAAUACAUUAUAAUGGACAUGGCGUAAUAAGACGGUAUGCGGCAGCCAAAAUUAGAACUGGAAAUCCACAAAAAUUAAAAUAUUCAUGUGAAGUUUGUGGAAAAGGAUUUGCUAAACCAUCAGCUUAUAAAAGUCAUAAAAAUACACAUUUAGGAAUUAAAAGAUUUACGUGUGAAUUCUGUGGUAAGAAGUUUACAUUAAAACGACAUAAAGAAAUUCAUAAGUUAACAGCUUGCUUAAAACCGAACGCAAUCACCAACGACGAUUCACUUAAUUUAAAUAGAAAUUAUUUAGAAACUGUUGAUUCAAAUACUUCAACAGCACAACCAAUAGUAAGUGAGCAGGAAUUGAAAUCGAAAUGGAAAUGUGACACAUGUGGUAACAAAUUUUAUACUGCGUACAUUUUACAAAAUCAUCAAAAGAAUGUUCAUGGUGUAAAGAAUCCAGAACAUAUUUGUACCGUAUGCGAUAUAAUAUUCGACAACAACAAGCAAUAUGAGGAACACUUAAAAACAACACAUGGUAUAGUCAGUAAACGUAAAGCAGGCUCAAUGUGGAAAUGUGAUAAAUGCCCGAAAAAGUUUAAUCAUUUAUCGAAAUAUUUGCGACACACACUUAUUCAUACUGGCGUAAGACGUUUUGGUUGUAAAGAAUGUGGUAAAAAAUUUUAUCUUAAAGAGAAUUUAGUUGGUCAUUCGUUAACUCAUAAAAGAGCUGAAGUUAAUGAACACGAAGUGCAAUGUAAACAGUGCAAUAAAACUUGUAAAAAUCAAUACAUAUUGGAACGACAUUUGAAAACACACAUUCCAAUUAGUGAACGUUACAUACAUAUAUGCGAUAUUUGUAAACGGAAAUUUGUUUCAGCGGAAACUUUAAAAACACACAAAGAACAAUCUCAUAAGUAUGAAGAAACUUUCAUUUGCGAUGAAUGCGGAAAACUUUUUAAAUCUAAAUAUCGUUUAGCUGAACACACGAAUAUUCAUAAAAAUAUAACAUUCAGUUGUGAAAUAUGCUCCAAAGCUUUCAACAGUGUACCCGCGUUAAAAACUCAUAAAUUAACGCAUAUGGAAAAAAGAGUUGAAUGUCCAGUAUGUGGAAUGAAAUUCCGCCGAACUGGUCAAUUAACUCGGCAUUCAACAAUACAUUCGGGUAAACGGCCACAUGAAUGUGCAUAUUGUCAUAAGCAAUUUCGACAAAAAUAUGCCCUCAAGGUACAUAUGCGACAACAUACUGGUGAACGUCCUUAUUCGUGUAUAGAAUGCAAUCAUUUCUUUGCCAAUGAUGGUAAUUUUAUAAAGCAUUUAAAAGGACGUCAUGGUCUGCAGAACGUUUCCAUUGCAAAUCGGCAUCGAUAUCCAUUUGAUAAUUAAAUAAUUGAAACAUUCCUC